GGUGCGCGACGGUCACCCCGCCGCCUGGCGCGGCCCCGGUCCGCGACUCUGCACCCACGGUGCCCACUGAGCGAGCCUGGCGCCCUGGGAGGAGGAAGAACCACAGAGCCCCGGGUGCUCCGGAGGACCGCUGCCGCUUCAUCCCACCGGCUCCCGCAGCUGCCCGGCCAUGGGGAGCUGCGCACGGCUGCUGCUGCUCUGGGGCUGCUCCGCGGUGGCCGCAGGAUUCAAUGGAGUCUCUGGAGUGAAUUCCCGCUGCGAGAAGGCCUGCAACCCUCGAAUGGGAAACUUGGCUUUGGGAAGAAAACUCCAGGCGGACACUACCUGCGGGCAGAACGCCACCGAACUGUUCUGCUUCUACAGCGAGAAUGCUGAUCUCACUUGCCGGCAGCCCAAGUGUGAUAAGUGCAACGGGGCCCAUUCUCACCUGGCCCACCCACCCUCUGCAAUGGCAGACUCGUCCUUCAGGUUUCCCCGGACAUGGUGGCAGUCGGCAGAGGAUGUGCACAGGGAAAAGAUCCAGCUAGACCUGGAAGCAGAAUUCUAUUUUACUCACCUAAUUAUGGUGUUCAAGUCCCCCAGGCCUGCAGCCAUGGUGCUGGACCGGUCCCAGGACUUUGGGAAGACUUGGAAACCUUACAAGUACUUUGCAACAAACUGUUCUGCUACGUUUGGCCUGGAAGAUGAUGUUGUCAAGAAGGGAGCUAUUUGCACGUCGAGAUACUCAAAUCCUUUCCCAUGUACUGGCGGAGAGGUUAUUUUCAGAGCCCUGUCACCACCAUAUGACAUAGAAAACCCUUACAGUGCCAAAGUACAGGAGCAGCUGAAGAUCACCAACCUCCGCGUGCGGCUGCUCAAGCGACAGUCCUGCCCUUGUCAGAGAAACGACUUGAAUGCAAAGCCUCACCAUUUCACUCACUACGCCAUCUACGACUUCAUCGUCAAGGGCAGCUGCUUCUGCAACGGCCACGCUGACCAGUGUUUACCUGUGGAGGGCUUCAGACCCGUCAAGGCCCCAGGAGCGUUCCAUGUGGUCCAUGGGAAGUGCAUGUGUAAGCACAACACGGCGGGCAGCCACUGCCAGCACUGUGCACCAUUAUACAACGACCGGCCCUGGGAGGCAGCGGAUGGCAGAACAGGGGCUCCUAACGAAUGCAGAACCUGCAAGUGCAAUGGGCACGCGGACACCUGUCACUUCGACAUCAACGUGUGGGAGGCAUCCGGGAAUCGCAGCGGUGGUGUCUGCAACAACUGUCAACACAACACCGAGGGUCAGCAUUGUCAGCGCUGUAAGCCGGGUUUCUACCGAGACCUCAGGAGGCCCUUCUCUGCCCCCGAUGCUUGUAAAGCAUGUUCCUGCCACCCAGUUGGCUCGGCGAUCCUUCCUUUCAGCUCGGUGACCUUCUGCGACCCCAGCAAUGGUGACUGCCCUUGCAAGCCUGGGGUGGCAGGGCCACAUUGUGACAGGUGCAUGGUGGGAUACUGGGGCUUUGGAGACUACGGCUGCAGACCUUGUGACUGUGCGGGGAGCUGCGACCCGCUCACGGGAGACUGCAUCAGCAGCAAUGCUGACGUGGACUGGUAUCACGAAGUCCCCGCCUUUCACUCUCUGCACAAUAAGAGUGAGCCAGGCUGGGAGUGGGAAGAUGAGCAGGGAUUUUCUGCACUUCGACACUCAGGUAAAUGUGAAUGUAAGGAACAAGUGUUAGGAAACCCCAAGGCCUUCUGUGGAAUGAAGUAUUCAUAUGUGUUAAAAAUCAAGAUUUUAUCAGCUCAUGAUAAAGGUUCCCACGCUGAGGUCAACGUGAAGAUUAAGAAAGUCUUACAGGCUACCAAACUGAAGAUCUUACGAGGCAAGAGAACACUCUAUCCCGAGUCCUGGACUAACAGAGGCUGCACCUGCCCGAUCCUCAAUCCAGGCUUGGAGUACCUGGUAGCUGGCUAUGAGGACGUGAGAACAGGCAGAUUAAUUGUGAAUAUGAAAAGCUUCGUCCAGCCCUGGAAACCAGCUCUUGGGAGAAGAGUCAUGCACAUCUUAAAAAGAGAAUGCGUGGAGCACUGAAGAAGGUCUUAAGCACACAGGGGCUCUUCU